UCACAAUUGACUGUUGUGCGGCAUACAUUGUUAUGUAGGUAAGCUACAUACCAGAAUGGUUUGAAUUAUUUUCGUUUACAGUUAUAAAAAUUUUAAAAUUAACCUGUACGAGUGCCGGUAAGUGACGAAAAAUGGCUGGGACACCAACGGAUUUGCAGACCCUUAGGGAUCUGGCUACCAGGAUUAGGAUACACAGCAUCGAAGCUACGACUGCUGCUAAUUCAGGCCAUCCCUCCUCCUCAUCAUCCAUCGCCGAAAUCAUGUCGGUGCUCUUCUUCAGAACGAUGCGCUACAAAGUGUCAGCACCCAGAGAUCCUUCCAGCGAUCGUUUCGUGCUGUCAAAAGGUCACGCAGCUCCCGCUCUGUAUGCAGCUUGGGUAGAAAACGGAUUAAUUCCCGCUGCAGAACUCAAGAAACUCAGGCAGCUAGGAAGUGAUCUCGAAGGUCAUCCAACUCCAAGGCUCAGCUUCGUUGAUGUGGGAACCGGAUCUCUCGGUCAAGGAUUGGCUGUAGCAGCUGGUAUGGCGUACGUAGGAAAAUACAUUGACCAAGCCAGUUACAGGGUCUACUGUCUGAUUGGAGAUGGUGAGAGUGCCGAAGGUUCAAUCUGGGAAUCCAUUGCUUUCGCAAGCUUCUACAAACUCGACAAUUUAGUCCUCAUCAUCGAUGCUAACCGUCUUGGACAAACCGGAGCCACCAUGGUUGCACACAACAUGGACUUAUAUAAAAAGAGAAUGGAAUCCUUCGAUUUUAAUACCGUCGUCGUAGAUGGUCACGACGUCGGUGUCCUAGUACAAACAUUCGAAAAUGCAGCCACGGUUAAAGACAAACCUACAGUUGUUAUAGCCAAAACUUACAAGGGCAGAGAUUUUCCCGAUAUCGAAGACAAGGAUAACUGGCAUGGUAAACCACUAGGUGCUCAAAGUGAAAGAGUCCUAACCCACCUUAGAUCCUUAAUGAAGAACAAAGGUCAACUCAAAUACACCAUCCCCGCGCCUCUUUCUCAAGUUAAACCAGUAGACAUAUCGAAUAUUAAAAUGUCUUCGCCUCCCAAUUAUAAGCAAGGUGAACUUCUAGCGACCAGAGCGUCAUACGGAACCGCUCUAUCCAAAUUGGCCCAAUCCAAUCCAAGGAUACUAGCUCUGGAUGGUGAUAUGAGCAACUCGACAUUUUCGGAAGCUAUGAAAAAAUCUGGCAAGAACUUCAUCGAGUGUUACAUCGCCGAACAAAAUCUUGUCGGUGUGGGAACUGGGGCAGCUUGCAGAGAUCGAGCUGUUGUUUUUCUGUCAACUUUCGCAUGUUUUCUUACUAGAGCUUUUGACCAGAUUCGUAUGGGAGCCAUCUCACAAUCCAACAUUAACUUCUGCGGUUCACAUUGCGGUGUAUCCAUCGGAGAAGAUGGUCCUAGUCAAAUGGCGUUAGAAGACUUAGCCAUGUUCAGAUCUAUUCCAGGCAGCACUGUGUUCUAUCCAUCCGACGUUGUAGCUGUUGAAAGAGCCGUAGAACUAGCAGCGAACACUAAGGGUAUUACAUUCAUUCGUACAGCCAGAGCUCCGACAGCUGUAAUUUAUCCAAACGACCAAAUUUUCCAGAUUGGUAAAGCAAACGUUGUUUUCUCUACAAACAGCGACCAAGUUCUUGUAAUAGCUGCAGGUGUAACUCUUCACGAAACGAUGCUAGCAGCAAAAGAACUGGCUAAGUCUGGAGUAGGCAUCAGAGUUAUGGAUCCGUUUACCAUCAAACCCAUCGACAAGUUCAGUAUCAUUCAAAACGCACAAGCAGUCGGCGGAAGAAUAUUGGUAAUCGAAGACCAUUAUCCAGAAGGUGGAAUGGGUGAAGCUGUACUGUCAGCUGUGGCUGAGGAAAGAAACAUCUACGUCAAGCAUAUCGCUAUUCCUAGGGUACCUAGAUCUGGCAAACCCGCUGAUUUGUUGAAUUAUUAUAAAAUAGAUGCUACUAAUAUUAUCGGGCACAUACAGGAAGUGCUCAAAAAGUAA